UUUUUCACCAUGUUUCUUUGUCAUGAUUUAUUUUUUGGAUUGCAAAAUAUAUUGACUUGAAAUGUAAAGACUUCAGUUGAUUCAGUGUUAGUCGAAAGUCUUUUUUUUUUUUUAAGAUUUAUUUUUUUCCAGCUGGACAAACAUGACUAUAACUUUCAUAUAUUGUGUGUAAAACAGGGAAACUAAAAAGACAGCUGUACUUUCUCUCGUCUUGUUGCUCUGUCCUCUCCUGCAGUUCUCUCAUUGACCAGACGGCGGCGUUGUUUUCACAGCUGGUGAACUACCUCUAUUUGGUCAAGGACUAUGUUGUAGAAAUCUUCCAAACUGUUUAUUUUCGGUGGUUCCGUGGCUCCUCGGGGGGUCUGAUCGGUGUUGGAUGGACCGUGUGAGCGGGCUGUGUGCGGACUGUGUGGCCGGCCCGGGUGUGUCUUUAUCGGACAGCUGCUGAGCGGUUUUCUGCUCUGCUUUCACUGCAAACCAAGUUAGCUCAACAGCUAAUCCUAAAAGUCACGUCACCUGUGCAGACUCGGUUUUAAAGUUUUACCGUUCAUCCGGGGGAACCGCGUGAGUUUUGACGUUAGAGUCCCGCAAAACUUCGUGAAGACAGUUUUGGUGCGGGGUUCGUAUAUUUUAUCUUUUUAGCGCAGUCGUCAAAUUUUCGUUGAAGACGGCGGCAAGUGAAGCGAAUCUGCGGGUUAUAAAUGACUUAAAAGACGCAAAGUCAGACACGAAUAAGGGUGUUUUUCUGAGGGAGAUGCGGUAGAGAAAAGACAGACACAGCUUUCGGUCCGCUGUGUCGGCGGCUCUGGGUUUGCUGCUCGAGAGGCCUGCGGGUCGGGCUUCCACCGGUGUUGAGUAGAGCCCGACGCCGCCGUCAAAGGAUCGGAGGGCGGCAGUUGGCGCUGCCACCGUCGGGCCUGCGCACCAAGAUAUGGAACGGAUGGAAGUUGACCAGUGCGCAGGCGCAGCUGGUGGGACAGGAGGCGGGGCACUCCGGAGAUCGAAUAGCGCCCCCAUGAUUACCAGCGUCAGGUCAGUGGAACUACAAUACGGUGGCCUGGAAGGUCAGCCGGGCAAACAUUUGUAGUCAAACUCAAACAAAUAUGCUUAGGAAAGUGUUUAUACAUGAAAUCAUUUUAAGAAACCAAACAAAAUAUUUCAUGUACGUUCAGAAAGUUUCAUGACAAAAACAGUUGAACAAAAAAAAAAAAUCCCAAAUGCAGUCAAAAAAAAUAAUAAUGAAAAAACACAAAAAACAUUUCACACAAAAAUCUGAAAAAAUGCAGUCAGUUUCUCUGUGUAUACGGGCCAAUAUUUAAAUGAUUUGAUUGACAUCCAGCAGACGUCCCGAUUGACCUUUUCAUCUGUAUCUUUAUGAAUGUGUAUUUUUGUUCCCUCUUCUUCAGUGAUGGGAUGACAGUCUUCAGCCCUGUGACAUCGGCCCGGUACAGACGCAGCAGUGUGUCCAUCAACCCCAGCUGCCCAUCACAGGUCAGUGGGUCACAGUGAAACAACUUCCACAUCUUUAAUCCAAACCCUCAAAUUUAAACCCAACAUUUCGGUAUCUUUCCCUCCAGCUCGUACCUCUCUCUCCUUUCUCUCUGACGGGGGACAGACUGGACCAGAAGAGGCAGGUAAGGACUGAGAUCAGACUUCCUCCUCCUCUCGUAGACACAGGAGAGACCCAGUGAGUCAAUGGUGUUCAGGUUCUGUGUGGACUUCACUGACAGCUGCAUGUGUGUCUUGCAGGAGAACAUGGAGAUGGCGCUCAGAGGGAGUCUGCAAAGAAUAAGGUUCGGCACACACAAACACUGUCCAGGGGCCUCAUUUAUAAAACCUGGCGUAGGAUCCAUACUAAAAGUGUACGUAAGUUGAAAAGCUGAAAGUGCGUAGGCAAAAAAAAAAUCUGAUUUAUAAAACCCUGCCCACACCUGCACGCACUUUCCCUUUAUAAAUCACAGACCAGCUGGAAAGUUGCUCAGCAGGGAUUUGAUUCUUCCCCGCCCUCUCCACACCCAAAAUUCACCAUGUAUGGUCAUGCAAAUUACCUCAUGAAUGUGAUUUGCAUGUAGAUAAGCCUGGUGGAUCCACGGCAUUUCACGCUUAACCAUGGCAUCAGCAAGUCGUAGAAAAAGAAACUUUUCAGAGAUCAAGGUGGAGGUUCUUGUAAAUGAGGUGGCGGCGAGACGGGAGACCUUAUUCGGCUCGAGUGGCAUCACCAAUAAAAACGCCGUUGCCGUGGCGGUAAUUGCGGCUGGCACUGAGCGCAGCGUUGCCGAAACAGUGUUGUUUUCGUCAUAUUUCGUCAAAUAUUUUCGUCAACACCAGCGUCAAAAAGAAAUAUUUUCAUCAACGAGAACAACACUGGUUGUUUUUGUUGACGGAAAUAUUUCCCUUUUCUUCCACGACGAAGACGUAACGUUGACGAGCUAAACAUAAGUCGGAGAUGACUAAAAUGUGACGAGACGAAAGUGCGUUUACGUUGAUGGGACGAGACGAAAAUGACGAACAGAGUUGCAAAACUCAGUCAGUUAAACAUAUAGGAGCAGCUUCUGUCCGCUCUGACAGCUCUCAUCAGCCUGCUGUGCUCCUCCAACACACAGACACACGCGCGCGCGCAAACACGUGGAGUUUUGUUUUCGUUGACGAUGACGUAGACGAAAACAAAACUGUGCCGAAAUCAAGAAGAAGUGGUCUGAUCUAAAGGUGGAGGCAAAGAAAAAAGUGGCUUUGCACCAUCAGAGCGUGGCGGCGACAGGUGAGAAUAAAAAAAAACAUGCACGUGUGACACUCAUGCAUGUGUUAAAAAAAAACCCGCUCCGUUAUCCACCGCUGCUUAUGUGGUGAAAGUUCGUAAACCAAAAAGAUUUAGUCAUAUUAAUCUUAAAACAAAUGCAUGUAAAUGGAAUUUGUUUUUUUGCACAUUUGUAAAUUCAAAUUGGCAAACUAUCUACACCGCCACAGUGGGGUCUGUGCUUUCUGCGAGCAUCACUGCCUGGUACGGCAGCUGCAGCUCUCAGGACAGAAAGGCUGCAUCGAGUCAUCCGUUGUGCUGAACGCAUCACCCGGACUAUUCUCACCUUGCUCCGAUUGUCUCCAAAAAGUGCGUAAGCAAGGUGUGGAGUUUGCUUAAAGUUGCGCACAUUCCUACACUAGUUUUUCUUUUAUAAAUCCCAACUCUUGCGUAAGAAGUGGCGUACGCAAUUUCUAGCCAGGUUUUGUGCGUAAGAAAGCUUUAUAAAUGAGGCCCCAGAUCUUUUUCAAGUCUAGGAGGUUCAGCUCUCUAAUCUUCUCUUUUUUCUCCUCCCCAGUGCUUCCAGUCUGAUCCCAGUUCCUCCAGUCAGCCAGUGGCAUGACCACACAUCAGUGGUGAGCAUUUCUGGACACAGAACCUCCUCACACAGCCCAGAUCUUUAAAGAUGGAGUUUUCAUUCCCUGACAUUUAGGCUUUACAAACUCCAGUGGCUUAUUUUCUCUUUGUACCUUUUUCCUCUUCAGUGGUUUCCAUCUCAAGACAGCGGUGUCACACCAAACUCUUCCCCAAGUCCAACCAGGAGGUUCAGGUACCAAGAAGAACACUUUUUCAUGGUUUCAUUUUGGGUGAGGUGAAACAUUUUUACUGAAACAAACAUGUUCAAUGUCCCGCAGGCCAGCAGUCAGUGCAACAGUCAGGUGGCCUGCUCUGACUCCACUCAAGAGGAAAGGUAACUUUGGCUCGUCUGUGUGUGCGAGUGUGUGUGUGUGUGUGUGUGUGUGUGUGUGUGUGUGUGUGUGUGUGUGUGUGUGUGUGUGUGUGUGUGUGUGUGUGGUCCAAAUUAUGUUCAGUAAGUUAAAGGUGGGGUAGUCAGGAUCUGAGGAAGUGCCAGUUUUUGGGGGAAGUCUUGAAUGUAAACACUACCCUGCCCACAAACAGACGCUCCUGCUCGCUCGUAUCAUUCCAAUUAAAUUCAGAUAUAAUGCAGAUAAAUACUGUAGUAAAAAGCAUUGUUGCUACUGUAGAUGCCAACAGACUACCAGCAAACACAAUGUUUGCAGGACUUCUACAACUAGGAUAAAGUGACAUAGUCCAGGACCCGAGGUCAACAGUUUAGCGGCGCUACAACACGCUACAGCAGGUCCGUUUGACAAGAAACACUUCUGUUACAGACUCUUGGCUUACUUUGUUAAAGCGGUUUACCUGUCCAGCAGAAAGGUUACAGGGUCACCAAGAUCCCCAAGCAUCCCCCAUCGUUUAAGUUGACCCGGCUUUUUAGCUCUUGUCCGGUCUACCUCCUUUUUAAGCGCCCGUUAUUCCACCAGAGUCUCCAGUAUUUACUUUGUUUUCUUGUUUGUGUUGGCAGUCGUGGCCAAAGGAGGAUUCAGACAAUUUUCUGAACUUUCUGGUUGGUUUCUACUGUCCGAUAUUGUAGCACGCUAACUUUGUUUGAGCUUGUGAACGUUAUUUGAGGACGUGGAGCGUGCCUCACAACCAAUCAGGUUGAGGGAGGUGGAGAAUGGCUUUGUUUACAGUCAGAAAGAGCGGGCCGCUCAAAAAUGUCACUUUGUCCCUCAGGAGGGGUGGAGUCUGAUGGACCCCCAAAGAAGCUUUUUGUUGCUGGGGUAACAGACCCCGCCCACCGCAGCAGCUACACAGUCAGGUGAGGAUGACUUUGAACAUAUGUUGGUCAUUUUAGUAUCUAAUCACUCAGGAAGACCCUGAAUGAAACUCCGUCUCUGCCUCUCUCCUCUCAGUGUCUCACAGACGUCAGCCGGCUCUCCUCCUGCAGGGGGCAUCAGUCCUCAGUCCAGCCCCCUGUCACUCUCCCCGCCUCCCUCCUUCACGCCGUUCACUUCCCACCAACACCCCGGACAUUAAACCUUCCUCACUUUUGUGACCCUGUUUGCUGUGGAUGCUCACGGACCAGCAGCGUACAGCUCCAAAACCCCAGAGGAACAUGGACUCCCAUAUCAGCUUGUUUCUGUUCCAGUUUUCUGUGAGUGUCACUGUUAAGUCCCGUCACUUCCUGUGGUCGAUGGAAACAGAAGUCCUGACAGGUUUAAGUUGGUUUGUUGUUCUGGAAAGUUUCUGCUUUGGAUUCCUGGACAUUUAUUUUCCAGACUGAAAAUCCUCCCGAAGUUGCUCAUUCAAUGCUCCAUCCAUGCAAGACUUGCGAAUUCCCCCUGUUGAAUUUAUGGCCCUGCCCCCAAGAGUGGGCGCGGUUUUGGAGGUUUAGGUUCGUCCUAUGACUUAAAGCUUGUGGUAUAAAUCCAAGGAAAGGUUUACAGAAGAUACUCCAUCAUCAUCGUCGCAGGGUCACUUUUAAAUCGAGAAAGGACACACUGGUUGUGUGGCUAGACGAGAGGAUGGUUCAGACUUUUGGAGACAGGUUUUUGUGGAAUUAUGAAAAACUGACAAGCAAGAGGAACUGCUCCCUUUAUCGAAACGUGUCUUAGAGAUCGAGGACUCUUCAAGACUAACAGUUAUGCAAGAUGUGCAGAUGAAGUAUAGAAGGAUACAAAAGGAAAGCACAUGGCGGCUCACCGAAUACUCAUUCCAGGCUAAGAGCCGUCUCAAUCCUCGCCUGAAAUCCUCACGUGACGAAUAACUCUGCGGACAUCACAGGAGGACAAUGGGAUACAUUCACUUUGCUGCUUCCUGGACUGAAUCAGGUCUUGAGGCCGUCAUGAAGUUCCAGUUCAUCUCUAAUCAACUAUUCCCGGUUCUUGAGAAGUUUGAAUAUGGUCUUGAGUUAUAAUCAAGACAUUUCUACAUGUUUGAAGCCAGAAUCUUCUUUCUAAAGGAGUCGAAGCACUUCAGGAACAUGAUCCAGGUGGCCGUACAGGAUCUAAACCAAACAGAGAGACUUGUGGAAAUACUCUGCCGGAGUUGUUGGAUAUCAGUGAUCCAAGUUUAUUGAUCUUUCUAUGAGGAAGGAGUCAUGUUUGAUGGAUCUGUGGAGAAUCAUCCAGACUCCACUAGCACUUGUUCAUAUCAGUAAACCAGGGUUAUGCGCUUGUUGUGCAUCAUAUCUCCACCAUCACAUUUCAGGAAAUACUCAAAACGUCUUCUGGAGAUGAUGAAGUGUCAUCUUCUGUUCAGAAACCCAAAUAUGCCAUGAAAAAAAAGAUCCCUGUCCAAAGUUAAAACCGUUCGAGCUCUGCACAAGGCUCAACCAGGCAGUAAGUACAGCUGGUGACAAGCAUAAUAUUUAUCCACCGAACAGCGUUUCAGACAGUGAGGUUAAGAUGUUUGUGUUUAAUCCGAGUCCACCUGACUGAAGACUCACAGGUUUCAGUUCUUUGUCUCCAGGUUGUUAGACUUUGGUUCCUCUGUAAGAUGCUGGGUUUUCUCCCUGGUUCAGUGACUGGUUUAAAAAACUGACCUCGGGUCAGUUGAAGUACUGAAGUGUAUUUGUUAAUAAUGUAUCUAUAUGUGAAUAUCGACAUUCAGAGCAGCUGAUACGUGCUCAGUUCUCUUCAGCCUGCUGGGUUUGAUUGUACAUAUUGAAUCUGCAGGAAGUGACCGCGCUCUUCCCUCUUCAACGUUCACUUUACCUUCAUUUUUAUUUUUUAGCUUUCCUGUUUGUUUCCUCUGAGCGACUUCAAUCUUUUCUACUUGAAAUCAGACACAGUGUUCUUCAGGGGCCUUUUGAUUUAUCUCCGCAGAAGUUCACGAAGCUUGUUCCUAAAAUGGCAGAAAGCCUCGGAGAACUUAACGUCUCCGAAUUUGUUUCUUCAAGUUUCAAAGAAGCACUCAGUGAUAAUCCAAGGACUCGGCAAUAGUGGGACAUGAUCUGUUUUUUGUUGGAAUUUAUUGAUGUAAAUAUUCCAUAUCGUAUUUCAUAAGAAUGGUCACCAUUUUGCCUUGCCCCAGUUAGUCCGGCGAAUGUUCCAGCGGUUUGGUUUUAAUAUUCAUGGAGCCGUUAAGAGGUCAUGACCAAGUAUCUGGACCAUAGACUGUAUAUACUACGGAUGACUUGGCUCCGCCUUCUGUCAUUAUACGAAUUUGAAGCCGAAUUGCUCCCGGGGUUUUCUCCGCUUCCUGGAACCACCACCUGUGCAGUUGCGUUGUACGCUUUCGGCAGGAAAAUUGCUGUGCUGAAUCUCGGCUCUAACAGCUUAUCCCCCGGGUGAGUUACGCAAUCUUUGUACGCCCAUAGGCUGUAUCAAGUGUCAAUCAUAGAAAACAUGAACCCCCUAAAAAAGAGGACUUGGAACACAAACCAGUCUUACAGCAACUACAUGUCAACAUCACAACCAGGGGAAGAAACAUUUAUAUUCUGUGUAAAUAAUUUCUAAAGUUCAUCCACAGCUCCAUAGGGAUUGCUGGAGGAGGCGGGGUUUAUGACCUAUACUGCAGCCCGUCACCAGAGGGUGCUGUUCUCACGGUGGCUUCACCCAGCGAGGAGGCAGACGGCAUCCAUUCUAUAUACAGUCUAUGAUCUGGACUUUCUGGUCUUAAAAGAAUCUACCUGGUACUUAAGGAGCACAGUCUGGCACUUAGUUAAUCUUGUACUCGGUAGAUAUAAUCUAGCGCACAAAAAUACUAAUCUGCUCAAGAAACCAGAUUCAACUAUGUAGGGCUCACAUACGAGUCCCUACGACCCUGAUACUUGGAUACUAUCACUCAACCAAUUUUUUGUUCCUAGAAAUGACCUGGAUCUUACUAGAUUCUAUCUGGCAAUUAUGUGGAACAAUCCGUCGCUAGCAUAAUCUUGCACUUAAAGUUGUAGUAAAUCUUGUCGUAAAAGAAGAAGUUUUUUGACACCCACCGGAAGCUAUCCAAGGCAAACUGUCUUGGAUAGCUGUCGGCCACUUUUUUUCCAUUUGCAAGAUACGAUCUUGUUCACUUAACCCGUUUUGGGCUCUAAGAAAUUAUCUGGUGUUCACAGGACUCUUUCCGGUGACCAGAUCCAUUGUUAGAUCAUCACAAAGUAUCUGGAGCGCACAAGAACUGGCAAUACUCAUAUUUGACUAUCCAGCACGAUCCAGAAUGAUCUUUCAGUCACCACAAUCUCGCUCUCAUUAAACCAUUCGAGGCUGUCAAGAAACUAUCCUGCUUUAUCCAGAAAUACUUAACCAAUGAUGAUAAGUAUCUUGCGCGGAUUAGCUCGUGUCCUCUUAAAGGCUCCAUGUUCGUCAUUGUCCUCCCAGCGUCAGUCCCAGUUUGCGUAUACGAACUUUAUUUGUUUAAAUCUUUUCGACAGUUUAGCACAAAACGAUUUCAUGAAGUUCCAGAUGUUUGUAGGCAACCCAUGAGAGGUCAAAGGUCAGGGUAAUAAUGUGUGGGCGUGGUUUACCAAAAUGGGCUGCAGUUCUGCUUCCAACUUUUUGCACUUGCACAGUAUUGUACAGUUUUGUAUUUCACUCAUCAUUGUGCCUAAACAUGUUGUCAUGUUUCAGAAGAGCGGCGUUCGGGCUGUUUUCUCGCCACAUCAGAACAGGAAGUUCCUGUUCUUCUAUCACACCUGACACCUGUGAGAUAUGUUUGUACAUAAAGUCUCUAUAAGCUGUUUUUCUAGAAGUGUCUUCACCACUCCCUCUUUUAAAAAAUGACAGUAAAUCUGACGAGUGAGUGUGUCGCCGCACAAACGCCGCUCACUGUCCAAAAUCUUUCCAAACUCCUGAGGUGACGGAUUCAUUAUUUUGUCGCCACUUUGCACAGUUCUAGUUCCACAUAUUUAAUCUAUUUUUUCCUGUUACACAAUCAUAAGAACCGCUGUCAAUGUUUGCUGCUUUCUCUGUUUUUCUUGCUUUAUUCCUCGACGUGCUUCCGUUUCUGUGAGUCUAUCCUGUUUCAAAGAAAGUCGCCAAAAUCUCCAACAGUGGAAGAAAAACUGCACCAUGAGAAAGACGCUAAAUUGUAAUGAGAAUAAGGUUGUCAGGAGUUCUCAGUUAACCUGUAGAUGAGCUGAGGAAAGUAGCUAUCUAUCUGUACCAAAACAAGGAAUUUUAGAUUUUACGAAAAAGAAAAGACUCGAUCUUUCAGCAUUUUAGCACAACUUCUAACCUUGAGAAAGACUCCCUGACCUGAAGGGAUUCAUCACUUUUGAGUAGAAAAAAUGGUUACACGAGGUCGACUACGUAGCUAUAGUUGCUGCUAACAUAUAGGCUAACUGUUGACCAAAAUCACCUCUUUAUUCUUGGACUAAAUAAACUUUAUUCUCAUGACAUAACGUCAUUAUUUCUCAUAAAAUAACAACUUAAUCUACGACUUAUCUCUCAUCAAGACAACUUCUCAUAACGCAGCAACUUUAUUCUUUAAAAAUAUCUAUUUUUGUAUCAUAGCGACUUUAUUUUAGUUAUAUUCAGACUUUAAUCACAAAGUUCUUCAUUUAUAUUCCUAAUUCAUUCUAAUUGGAAUGACGCUUCCACUUAGUUGUAUAAAAUCACCCAAAUUUAAUAUAUUUUUUCAGACUUUUAAUUUUUGUGGUUUUUAGAACUGUCUGUUAUAAACGGAUUUGAAAUGUCAGCUUCCGGACGAAGUAAACAUCAACACCUGUCCUUGGUUUGCUAUCAUAUUUUCAGUAUUUCCAUGAGGCGGAUGAAUAUAGAAACUUUUUUUAUACAACUCUGUCAUAUGUAAGCAGGCUAAUUAACAUUUUAAUGAUAUUAAAGAUUUUUUUUUUAAAUCUGAAGAGGAAUUUGUACAAAAUAUGACAAUAAGUCUUGAUUCCUCGCUACCUUCUCUUCUUACAUGAAGCAAAAAUUUAAAAAAUAUUCAAAAAGAAAAUGUUGAUGAGAUUCCAAAUGAUAUUUAGUGAGAAAAUGUAUGAGUCUGUAAAACAAUAUUUAGAGUAAUAAUGGAUAAGUUGAAGAUUUUGAACUUCUGAGAAACAGGAUCGACUUUCCUCGGCGGUAACGUCACGCUGCCAAACCCUCACACCUGUACGAACUGUAGCUUUACGACUGUUUCUGCUUCUUAUUUUGAACUUUGCACUCUCGCAUCACAAACUGUUCAAAUGAAGAGAAACGCUUUUAUGUAGCUGGAUCUUAAUGUGAUGUGAACUUGCAAAAGUUUGCACGAUUUUCUGCUUCAACGAAUGUUUGUAAGCCAAAAAAAUUCUUUAUCAAAAUGCAAAAGUUUGUCGGAGAAAUUGGACGACAGCUACAUCAGAAGGUUUCCAUUAACGUGAUUUCCUCGUCUUUACUGGUGUUUCUGCUUUUGUACGUCUUUAAUUGUUGCAGCAAAUUUCCAAAAGUGCGUCGGCACAUUAAUCUGCAUGUUCUUUACUUUGAUUGAACGUGUUUCCAGCGUGAUCGCAGAGUUUCCUCCCGAAUCCUGUCAUAGUUUGACACUGUGUACAGGUUUGUUUACAGUAUCAGUAUCCUGGUGUUCAUGGAAGUUAUAGAGCCGCCCAUAACUUGGUAAAGGCUAGCAGUUCAAAUAUGAUACUUAAAGAUUAUUUACAAGCUCUGUAUUGAGUACACUAUAAAACUUUAACUAUGAAAACAGCUGAAACUGUUUUUUUAAUGACAUUUUAUGCAAACUGCUCAAAUCAACUACCUGACAGAAAAUUCAUCUUAAAAAAAAUAUGUUGUUGAGGCGAUUCAACAUUUUUGAAAAAGAAAAAAAAUUACAGUUUUUUAACUUGAAGCUCCCGAAAUACUUAAAUUUCCAGAUUUUUCUUUCUGAAUAGGUCAUGAACUAUAUAUUUGUUUAAUUUUUUAAAAAUGAACCCUUUAGUUUGGACCUUGAAAAACAGCAACACACUUUCUGAAAAUCUAUAAACAGUUUUUAGACAAAUUUAUAUAAAUCAGAACAUUUAAACAAAAUUUUGCUGUAGUGACAACACUGCUAACCAAUUUAUGAUCAGGUUUAUAAAAUGACAGGAUGGCCUUCGAUCACGCUGGAAUAUUACGAUCUUAAUCUUAUUUUUGGUAGAAUUUUUUUUUGUUUGUUUGUUUUUUUGACACAUAUUCUAAUUCAGCACUUUUAACCUUCAAAUAUUUUGUUUUCAGGAUUUUUGCUUUUUUACUUUUCUUCAUUAACACGUUUCUUUUUUUUUUCAAGUCAAACAUUCUUACAUUAGCUUUAUACGAACUUUUAUUUUUUCACGUGUACAAAGAUCCUUGAAUUAGUCCUUGAAAAGGUUUUGGACUUUUGUUUUUGUCGAUGUGAAGGUAGAAGGAUUUUCUCUUUGUGCUUUUCUGUUUGUCGUGACGAGACAGAAGUUUGAACAUGUAGCGAGGAUUCAGUCAAAGUUUUUCAGUAUUAGAGCGAAGGUUCACUCUGGAAAAACGCUCAGGUUUCUCAGCACUGACACAGACCCUCCCUGGGACCUGUAGUUCCUCUAAAAUCACACUUUUAGUUCUGAUUAGAGCUUCAGAAAAAUGCACAUUUUUAAAAGGUUUUAUAGAUUUCUCCACCUACCUGCGUUCAGUUCAAUCUAACGGUAACAGGAAAUGGAGGGAAUUUUCAAGAAAAUAGAAAAAACUCUGACUUUGGAUUGUAGUUUUUGCCUAAAUUUGUGUAAAAAAAAAAAGAUGCCAAAGUACGUGUGUAAUUCCGUUUUUUUUUUCUUGCAAUUGUAGGUAAUUUCAGUGUUAACGUUUUCUGUCCCCAAAAUACUAUUUCAAAACAUUUUUUAUCCCAAAAAGUAACUUUUUUUUUUAACUACAGAUUGCUUCAGAAGAUCUGUAAAAUGUAUUUGAAUAGUUAUUGUUUGGAUUCCUGUCUAAAUAUUGAACUCCUAUGAAAAUGAAAUACAACAAACAUGUCCUUCCUAGCUACCUGAGGUCAGAAAUUUUCCCCUGAUUUUUGGCUGUAUUUUUUUUUUUAUAUAUAUACAAAUUGAAAAAAUUCACUUUAUAAGGGGGUUUCAAAUUUGUGAGCUAAUCUAAGAUAGCCAGUUAAAUAACAUGCUUAUGUUGCACUUCCAGAUAUGUAACCAAACUUGUUUCAAGUCUGUUCAUUUCUGAUUCGUAAAUUCAGGUUCUUCAAGUUUAAAACCUAAUGUAUGUUGUUGAGAAUUUAAUCACUCUAUGCCUCAAAUUUUAAAGUGAAAACUUCCAUUUUCCUGUACUGAAUUCAGUCAGUUUGGUAGAUUUAAUUUGGGUUAAAAAGUGCUGAAAAAUGCUGAAAGUUAUUCCAGAGUGACUUCUUACUUAAAAAGGGCUGCUAGAGUUUAACCUGAGCUAAUAAAGGGAAUGAAAAGCACAUCUACACAAACAUUCACACAAGUAUUUUCAGAUUGUAAAUAGUUUUCUUCUUUUGUUUUGGACAAACUCUCGACAUAAGACAAAUGAGAUAAUGUAUUUUUAUGACAGUGUAAAAUAAAAAGUCUAUAUUCGAGUGUUCAUUCCCUUCUGAUGGCUGUAAAAAGAUGCAGAAUGACUUUUUAGUUUUCAGUGAAUCAAUUCAACUACACACUAUAAAUAUAUUAUAUUGUAUAUGAAAACUCAUUAAAAGAAUCUGUAUCAUAUCAGAACAACAAUG